GUCGACAGCGUCGCUGCGUCAUCAUUAAGCGCCGCAGAAACAGCGAGCGACGAGUGCUCCGCUUCCAACACAGCAAACGACCUUUUUUCUAAUUCCAUCAAAAAUAACAUCGAUAUAUCAACCAGGUAUUGAUCUUGUGGAUGUUUUUAUAAGCUGUUUUCCAUCACUUGAGGUCCAGCAGUGAAGCCGGUUGCCAUGGCGUCUCCAGGAGGACAAGGAGGAGGUGGAGGAGGAGGAGCUCUGUCGACGAGAGGAGCCAGGAGGAUGAAGUGGGCCCUGGAGCUGAGUUUGGGCAACACCAGGUCUCGUGGCGGCGGGCAGGGAGACGUGGUCUACCCCAUCGGCUACUCUGAGAAACCCGUCCCCGACACCAGCAUCCAGGAGACGGACAAGAACCUGGUGGAGAAGCGCUGUUGGGACGUGGCCCUCGGGCCCCUGAAGCAGAUCCCCAUGAACCUCUUCAUCAUGUACAUGUCGGGCAACACCAUCUCCAUCUUCCCCAUCAUGAUGGUGUGCAUGAUGGCCUGGAGGCCCAUCCAGGCGCUCAUGUCCAUGUCUGCCACCUUCAAGCUGUUGGAGAGCUCCAGCCAGCAGUGGCUCCAGGGCCUGGUCUACCUGGUCGGGAACCUCCUGGGCUCGGCGUUGGCCAUCUACAAGUGUCAGUCGAUGGGGCUGCUCCCGACGCACUCCUCUGAUUGGCUGGCUUUCAUCGGACCGCCUCAGAGGAUGGAGAUCAUGGGCGGGGGGAUGGUGCUGUGAGGAGUUCCACAUCCAUCCGGUUUCUUGACGUCCUCCAUCCGGCGGCUUCGUGCGUCUCGUCCUUGUUGCUCCGCAUUCAUGUUUUAAUACGUUUAAAGAAGUUUAACCACUGUGUUUUUUCUUUUGCAGUCAAUGUAACAAUAAGAGGUUGAUUAUGAGGUUACAGAACCCAGUUUUGGGGGGUCGUUAAUGUCGUUAAAGCCAAACAAUUUAACCCUUUGUAACUCUUAGGCAUUUUCAUCUAGUCGGGAACGGAUUGUUUUGUUCCAAUAGAAAACUACUUUCUUCUUUUUUCUAUUUUCUUCAUUCUAAAUUCUUAAAAAUCAUGAUUUCUGCACACGGUAACAUUUACUCACCUGUUUUAAUUUAUACGUCUGUUUUAAUUUAUACUUCUACAUGAAAACGUUGUCAAAUAAAAUCUUUUCUUGCUGCAA